GGGGGACGCGGCGCCUGACACGAUGCGGCGGCCUGGCCUCGGCGGCCGCCGCCCCCUCCUACCGUCGCUCCUGCUGCUGCUCCUCGCAGCCGCCGCCGCCGCCUCCGCAGCGAGCCCCGGCCCCAGCCCCAACCAGGCCGUCAAGGUCGCGGUGAUCCCGGGCCGCCUGGCCGGCCUCCCUGCUUGUCGCUGCUGCUCAGGCCGAACGUCCGGGAGGAGUCGCUGCAUCAGAGUCUCCUGCAGGGUCCAGAGCUGUCUGCCAAAAACGCUGCCCAGCCCCAGCGUGAGGAAGAGACAGGUGUCCCUUAACUGGCAGCAACUGACGCUGCAGGAGGCCCGAGCUCUGCUGAGGCGACGGCGGCCGCGCGGGCCGGGGCCCCGGGCACUGCUGAGAAGGAGGCCCCCACCACAGCGCGUCCCCGCCGGCCAGGCCCGGGUCCUGUGUCCCUUGAUUUGUCACAACGGCGGCGUGUGCGUGAAGCCCGACCGCUGCCUCUGUCCGCCGGACUUCGCGGGCAAGUUCUGCCAGCUGCACUCCUCGGGGGCGCGGCCCCCGGCCCCGGCCAUGCCGGGCCUCACCCGCUCGGUGUACACCAUGCCACUGACCAAUCACCGCGACGACGAGCACGGCGUGGCGUCUAUGGUGAGCGUCCACGUGGAGCACCCGCAGGAGGCGUCGGUGGUGGUGCACCAGGUGGAGCGUGUGUCCGGACCUUGGGAAGAGCCGGACGCCGAGGCGGUGGCGCGAGCUCAGGCAGCGGCGCGGGCGGAGGCGGCAGCGCCCUACACGGUGCUGGCCCAGAGCGGGCCCCGGGAUGAGCGCUACACGGACGCCUCGGGCUACGGUUACUGCUUUCAGGAACUGCGCCGAGGCGAAUGCGCGUCCCCGCUGCCCGGGCUUCGGACGCAGGAGGUCUGCUGCGGGGGGGCCGGCUUGGCCUGGGGCGUUCAUGACUGUCAGCCGUGCUCAGAGCACCUGGCGAACUCCGACCGAGUGGGCGCCCGGGAUAGACCGUGUCCAACCGGCUUCGAAAGGGUUAAUGGGUCUUGCGAAGAUGUGGAUGAAUGCGCGACAGGCGGGCGCUGCCAGCAUGGGGAGUGCGCGAACACGCGCGGUGGGUACACGUGCGUGUGUCCUGGCGGCUUCCUACUGGAUUCGUCCCGCAGCAGCUGCAUCUCCCAGCACGUGAUCUCAGAGGCAAAGGGGCCCUGCUUCCGCGUGCUGCGCGACGGCGGCUGCUCGCUGCCCAUCCUGCGCAAUAUCACCAAACAGAUCUGCUGCUGUAGCCGCGUGGGCAAGGCCUGGGGCCGGGGCUGCCAACUCUGCCCACCCUUUGGCUCAGAGGGUUUUCGGGAGAUCUGUCCAGCUGGCCCUGGCUACCAUUACUCAGCUUCCGAUCUCCGCUACAACACCAGACCCUUGGCCCAGGAGCCACCGCGAGUGUCCCUCAGUCAGCAUCGUCCCCCGCCUGCCACCUCUCGGCCUUUUGCAGGCUUUCUGCCCACCCAUCGCCCAGAGCCCCGGCCUGAGCCCCGGCCCCGCCCUGAGCUCCCCUUGCCCAGCAUCCCUGCCCGACCUGGUCCUGAGAUCCCUGAAUCAGGUCCCCCCGCGGGCGUGUGUCAGCGCAAUCCCCAGGUCUGCGGCUCCGGACGAUGCAUCCCCCGACCCAGUGGCUACACCUGCGCUUGCGACUCCGGCUUUCGGCUCAGCCCUCAGGGCACCCACUGCGUCGACAUGGACGAAUGUCGCCGAGUGCCCCCGCCCUGUGCUCCCGGGCGCUGCGAGAACACUCCGGGUAGCUUCCGCUGCGUGUGCAGCCCGGGCUUCCAAGCGAGCCCGCGGGCCACGGAGUGCCUGGACGUGGACGAGUGCCACCGCGUGCCGCCGCCGUGUGACCGCGGGCGCUGCGAGAACACACCAGGCAGCUUCCUGUGCGUGUGCCCCGCCGGGUACCAGGCUGCGCCUCAUGAAGCCAGCUGCCAGGAUGUGGACGAGUGCAUCCAGAGCCCGGGCCUCUGUGGUCGAGGGGUCUGCGAGAACCUGCCUGGCUCUUUCCGCUGUGUGUGCCCGGCUGGCUUCCGGGGCUCGGCGUGUGAGGAGGAUGUGGAUGAGUGCGCCCAGGAUCCCCCGCCCUGUGGGCCAGGCCGCUGCGACAACACAGCUGGCUCCUUUCACUGUGCCUGCCCUGCGGGCUUCCGCUCCCGAAGGCCCGGGGCCCCCUGCCAAGAUGUGGAUGAGUGUGCCGGUAGCCCCCCGCCCUGCGCCUACGGCCGGUGUGAGAACACAGAAGGCAGCUUCCAGUGCGUCUGCCCCACGGGCUUCCAACCCAACGCCGCCGGCUCCGAGUGCGAGGAUGUGGAUGAGUGUGAGAACCACCUGGCCUGUCCCGGGCAGGAAUGUGUGAACUCACCUGGCUCCUUCCAGUGCCGGGCCUGUCCUGCUGGCCACCACCUGCACCAUGCCCAGUGCAUUGAUGUGGACGAAUGCAGCUUGGGGGCCCCCUGCGGCCCCCACGGCCAUUGCACUAACACCGACGGCUCCUUCCGCUGCAGCUGCGCGCCGGGCUACCGGUCUCCGCCGGGUCGGCCGGGACCCUGCGCAGACGUGAACGAAUGCCUGGAGGGCGACUUUUGCUUCCCCCACGGCGAGUGCCUCAACACCGACGGCUCCUAUGCCUGUACCUGUGCCCCUGGCUACCGGCUCGGGCCCCGCGGAGCUUCCUGCCUUGAUGUGGACGAGUGCAGCGAGGAGGACCUUUGCCAGAGCGGCACCUGUACCAACACCGACGGCUCCUUCGAGUGCGUCUGUCCUCCGGGGCUCCGCGCUGGCCCAGACCUCGCCUCCUGCCUCGACGUGGACGAAUGCCGCGAGCGAGGCCCGGCGCUUUGCGGGUCCCAGCGCUGUGAGAACUCCCCUGGCUCCUACCGCUGUGUCCGCGACUGCGACCCUGGCUACCACGUGGGCCCCGAGGGCACCUGUGAUGACGUGGACGAGUGCCAAGAAUACGGCCCUGCGAUUUGUGGGGCCCAGCGCUGUGAGAACACCCCUGGCUCCUACCUCUGCACGCCGGCCUGCGACCCUGGCUAUCAGCCCACGCCGGGGGGUGGAUGUCAGGAUGUGGACGAAUGCCGAAACCGCUCCUUCUGCGGGGCCCACGCCGUGUGCCAGAACCUGCCGGGCUCCUUCCAGUGCCUCUGUGACCAGGGCUACGAGGGGGCGCGGGACGGGCGUCACUGCGUGGAUGUGAAUGAAUGCGAAACACUACAGGGGGUAUGUGGAGCUGCCCUGUGUGAGAACGCUGAAGGCUCCUUCCUCUGUGUCUGUCCCACCAGCCCUGAGGAAUUUGACCCGAUGACUGGACGCUGUGUUCCCCCACAGACUUCUGCUGGCAUAUUCCCAGGUUUGCAGCCCCAGGUGCCUGCCAGCCCGGGUCUGCCGGCCAGGCCGCCCCCACCACCCCCACCCGGCCGGCCCAGCGUGCCUAGGCAGGGCCCUGUGGGCAGCGGGCGUCGGGAGUGCUACUUUGACACAGCGGCCCCGGAUGCAUGUGACAACAUCCUGGCGCGCAACGUGACGUGGCAGGAGUGCUGCUGCACUGUGGGCGAGGGCUGGGGCAGUGGCUGCCGCAUCCAGCAGUGCCCAAGCACUGAGACAGCUGAGUACCAGUCGUUGUGCCCCCAUGGCCGGGGUUACCUGGCGCCCAGCGGAGACCCAGGCCUCCGGAGAGACGUGGACGAGUGCCAGCUCUUCCGAGACCAGGUGUGCAAGAGCGGCGUUUGUGUGAACACGGCCCCGGGCUACUCGUGCUACUGCAGCAACGGUUACUACUACCACACCCAGCGGCUGGAGUGCAUUGAUAAUGACGAGUGCGCGGACGAGGAGCCAGCAUGCGAAGGCGGCCUCUGCGUCAACACCGUGGGCUCUUAUCACUGCACCUGCGAGCCCCCGCUCGUGCUCGACGGCUCGCGGCGCCGCUGCGUCUCCAACGAGAGCCAGAGCCUCGAUGACAAUCUGGGAGUGUGCUGGCAGGAAGUGGGGGCUGACCUUGUGUGUAGUCGCCCUCGGCUUGACCGCCAGGCCACCUACACGGAGUGCUGCUGCCUGUACGGCGAGGCCUGGGGCAUGGACUGUGCUCUCUGCCCUGCCCAGGACUCAGAUGACUUCGAGGCCCUGUGCAACGUGCUGCGGCCCCCCGCAUAUGGCCCCCCGCGGCCGGGCGGCUUUGGACUCCCCUAUGAGUAUGGUCCAGACCUCGGCCCACCUUACCAGGGCCUCCCCUACGGGCCCGAGUUGUACCCACCUCCUGUGCUACCCUACGACCCUUACCCCCCGCCCCCGGGGCCCUUCGCCCGCCGGGAGGCCCCCUACCGGACCCCACCCUUCGACAUGCCCGACUUCGAGGAUGAUGGCGGCCCCUACGGGGAGCCUGAGGCUCCCGGCCCGGGCGCCAGCUGGCGUUAUCGGACCCGUGAUACCCGAGGGUCCUUCCCCGAGCCCGAGGAGGUGCCUGAAGCUGGAGGCUAUACUGGCGCCCUGGCUGAGUCCUACGAGGGGCUGGAGGCGGAGGAGUGCGGGAUCCUGGACGGCUGCGCCCACGGCCGCUGCGUGCGCGUCCCCGAGGGCUUCACCUGCGACUGCUUCGAUGGCUACCGCCUGGACACGACCCGCAUGGCCUGCGUCGACAUCAACGAGUGUGACGAAGCUGAGGAGGCGUCCCCGCUCUGCGUCAACGCGCGGUGUGUUAACACCGAUGGCUCCUUCCGCUGCCUCUGCCGCCCGGGAUUUGCGCCCACGCACCAGCCGCACCACUGCGCGCCCGCCCGGCCCCGGGCCUGAGCCCAGCUCACCGCACGCCUGCGGGGUCCCGCCGCCGACACCCUCCCCGCAUGCACACAGGGAUACCGGACCGGUGGGAAGACGAGGGAUGCACGGACCGGUGGAAGGAGGGAUGCCCCUCACUGCCCCUGCUACCCCCAGCCCUGCCACCGCUGCUGCGGGCCCGGACCCAGUCCACGGUCCCCUUCACAUUCCUUUUUAU